ACCCAGGCCCCAGCUUCGCACAGGGAUGGAGCCGGAAGAAGGGACGCCCCUGUGGCGGCUGCAGAAGUUGCCAGCCGAGCUGGGCCCACAGCUUCUGCACAAAACAAUUGAUGGCAUUUGUGGUCGAGCUUAUCCGCUUUCCCAGGAUUAUCAAAGCAUUUGGGAUUCUACAGAAUGGAUGCAUGUUCUGGAAGACAUUACCCAAUUUUUCAAAGCUGCUGUUGGUAAAAAUUUAUCUGAUGAAGAGAUAUUUCAGCAGUUGAAUCAGUUGAAUUCAUCUCAUCAAGAAGCUAUCAUGAAAUGCUUGAAAAGUAGAAAAGAUGAAAUCAAGCAGGCUCUGUUAGGAGAAAUCAUUGAUAUUUCCUCUGCACAGCUACAGGACUUUGAUUGGCAGUUAAAGCUUGCACUUUCUAGUGACAAGAUUGCUACACUACAGAUGCCACUGUUAAACCUUCAUCUAGAUGUCAAAGAAAAUGGUGAAGUAAAACCAUACUCUAUUGAAAUGAAUAAAGAAGAACUUCAGAAUCUAAUAAAUUCCUUGGAAGCAGCUAAUAAGGUGGUCCUGCAGUUGAAGUAACUGGAAUGGACAAAGACCAGUGCUGUCAGAGUUCACUGCUACAACUCCUAUGGCAGAGUGGAUACUGUGUGUUCAUUCAGAAAGCCUUCUGUGUAUUGCCUGCUUGAUCAAGCUGAGCAAGAAGCAGUGUGGAGAUUACAAAGAUAAAAACUUAUCAAAUCCCCAAAGAACAGGAAAUUACACUGUGGACAGGAAGUGCAUAAGAUGAAAGAUGAAAAAGCCAUAGUAGCAGUUUAUAUUUUCAUAAUGAUUGUUUUGCCUCAUUUAUUAAGUAUUUGAGAAAUCUUUGUAGAUAUAUAGUUUUAUUAAAAAUAAAAAUAGGUUCUAAAGUAAUUAAGCAUACAAAGCACAAAUAUACUUAAAUAUUGCUUAAAGAAUUAUGUGAAUAGCAAGGACAUGUGUUAUGGAUAUGUAAUUAAUUUGUGAUAUUUAAAAACAACUUUCUAAAAGAAUGUAUAAGCUGCAAAUAUAACUCAGGACAUUCCAUAUCUUUCUUGUAUUUCAAAGGCAAGAUUAUAAAAUGUAACAUUUCUUAAGAGAAAAGUUCUUUGUCAGACAUGAGUAAUAGAAAAAUACUCCAAAUUGGUGUGGAAAUUUUGAGUUUAUGAAUUCUAGAAACUAAAACCUAGAACAAAGAAAAUGAAAACAGCACUAUUACUUAUGCAUUUCUAUAUCUGGUUAGAUGACUAUGCUCUACUAAAAGGAAUAGAUGUCAUUGUAUAGUGUAUAUAUUCAAAUAUCAUAUAAGACUAAGAUCUGUUUUUGUUAUAGACUCUUAAUAUUGAAUUUAACUCUUGGAUGUUAACAAAUUGGAAAGCAAACCGUUUUUAACUUCAGUUAACUUUGAAAACAAACAUUUGGAAGAAAUAAAAAGUUAUAUUUUA